AUAUGCAAUAAUGAUUAUGCAUGGUGGAGGGCAAGAAUCAUUUUGACACAACUGAUAAGAUUGUCAUAGUCCACCUAAAAAUGCCAGAAACCUAUAUAUUAACUUAAGGCAGAAAGAUCAAAAGAGCAUAUCAAUUUCUUUGGUUCCAUGGAAACAAUAACAAUUUUCUAUUACUUGACUGUUUGUGAAAUCACGUAUGUGAUUUUCCAGAGUGCUUAGCAUGGGAUUGAUCAGCAAGACCAAAAUAGGCAAUUGUAGCUCAGUAACUGAAUUCUGGCUGUGUUUCAAACAUUUUAGUACAGUUCUGCAUCUUAUUUUGCAAUAAGAGCUUUUACAAAAGCAUACAGGAAACAAUUUGUACCAGUCAGGAUAGGUAGAAUGUUCUGAGUACACAGCUGGUAGGAGUACAAACAUCUUCCAUUUGUAAUAUUAGAGGGUUCACCUAAUAGUUUUAUAUCUUCUGUGGUUGUAGAAUUGCCAAUUGUAAUAGAUCAUUACAGCACACAAUCUUGAUUAUUUUCGUUGCUUGGGAAUUGGCUGUUGACAUUAAUGGAAAUGCUUUUCCCAGGAGCAGUAUUCUAAUCUUACAAAUUUCUAGGUUCUUCACACAUGUAGGAAUUUGGGGAUAGAAAAUGUUUUUAAGAUAUCUUUUACAAAAUUGAUCUCAGUUGACUCAGUUUCCUCAAUCGUUAGUAUAAUGUAGAUUUCCAUCUACUUAGUUGUUUGCACCAAAGUGGUCUUUUUUUGUAAGGAAAAUCUUAACUAUCUUCAGUGAGACUCAUUUUCAUGCAAAGAAUUGCUCUGAAUCGGAAUAUAAAUCCAUCAUUUCCCCACCAUUCAGCCAAAACUGAAGAAGCUUCUCAGAUGAGAAGCAAAAUGUUUUCAAGGGAAAAAAACCAAGAAAGUCCAGUAGCCUUUUGAAUACAACCAUGACCUGGAUGAUUGAGAAUCUCCAUAGACAAUUUUUAAAUUUAGUGUACUCAUUCUGUUAUAAUAAAUUAAUAAUACAGUGAAAGAAGUCAUUUAUUUACAGGAACACUAGAAUGGCCAGCAAGAAGGAACCUCCUUUCUUCAAUGAGGAUAAUGUUGGAUCAUGUCACUGCAAACUUACUUUCUAUGAGACCAUGGAGCUCUUCAUUGAAACUCUUACAGGAACAUGCUUUGAAUUGCGAGUGUCUCCUUUCGAAACAGUUAUUUCUGUGAAAGCUAAAAUCCAGAGACUGGAAGGUAUCCCUGUAUCUCAGCAGCAUUUAAUCUGGAAUAAUGUGGAGUUGGAGGAUGACUAUUCUUUGAAUGAUUACCACAUUUCAGAAGGAUGUACUUUGAAGCUGAUCUUAGCAAUGCGUGGUGGCCCUAUUAAUACAAAAAGAGUUCCUUUGGAAGACCCAAUUAAAGAAAUAGCAGAAUAUAUGGGGCCCUGUCGAGAUGAUGUCUGGGAAAAGGUUCCAUCCAGUAAACAUGUUACAUUCUUGGUCUACCAGGAAGGAGACCAGCUGAAUUUUUUUCGAGUUGUGGACAGGGGAGAUGGAACUUUAACACCAUUAUCUGAAUCUUUAAGUGGUGGUUCUGUUUAUAAUUUGUAUGCUGAUGAUGAUGAAGAUACAGAAAUAUCUCCUUCUGGGCAACAGAUUAUUGAGAACUCCAUUACAAUGAAUAAAAUGAAGAUGCUAAAGGCAAAGAUGGAAAACAUGAAUCUUAAUAAAAAGCCUAAGAUCAAAGUGAACCCCCAUUCUCCAGUGGUCCUUCAUCCAUCUAGUGGCUCGCUUGCAGCUGUUCGUCAUAAUUUUCUACGAGCACUUCCUCAUAUUGGGCAAUCCUGUCUGCCUCCUGAAAAUUUACAUAACUCAGGAACAUCUCCGAAUGCCUUUUCAACCCUAGCACAUACUGAUAAAAAAGUGUCAUCUAUUACUAGAAACUUUCUUAAAGAAAAAGACAAAUGGGAGAGUAUUUCACCAUCUCACUCAAUUAACAGCAUGGCACUGUCUUCCAAGGUAUCAUCUGUGGAAAAGGGAGAGGCAAAACUUUCUGAAAACAGUGUAGUUCCUCAAGUGACAACUGCACUUGCAAAUUUGGAAAAAAAUGCACAAAGUGGUACAUCAUCCAAUGAAAGAUGUCCUUUCUUGUAUCCAGAUCUCACCAAUGUAAAUCUGUACACUGCAGAAAAAAAUGUUCUACCAAACAAAGAGCCUCUUGCCUUGGUAUCAGAAGCAACUUGCAGUGACUCAUACAGCAAAAUGUCUGGAUCAGAAGAAGGGAAUACCACGCUUCAGUUACCACAGGAACAUCAAAACAAAUCCAUCGCAAAAACUUUGACUUUUGCAACAGCAGAUAAUAGUAUUUUUAACUCUCAUGAGUUUAGUCUUAAGAAAACACGCCUGUCACCUCUUCAUUGUUCAUCACAGAUGGCACAUUACAGUCCUCAGAAAUCUCAAGCUCACUCCAAAUAUUUUGAAGAAGCUGGCUUGAGGCCCACUAUUUCUCCAAAUAUUCUACAGUCAUUGGAGGUGCACAGUUUAGCAGAUUCCUCUUAUUCAAGAACAUCUAGAUUUCAUGGCAUUGGUUUAGAUUUACCUAGCAAAAGACCUGAUCCCCAUUCUAAAGUGGAGGCAAGGGAUAUCACAGAAGUAGCAAUUAAGGCUUCCAAAGACCCUGUUGUUUCUGUAAAUAACAUAAGUUUGCUAAGUUCAUUUACCCGAGGCACAAAUAGAGAUGGCUUACCGAAUUCCUGUGGCACAAGCAGGUUUCGGACUUCUGGUAUUUCAUUAACUACCAACUUUCAACAUUUUCAAGAAGAAAGUUUUAGAACAGCUUCUCCUCCCAAUGACAUGCCUGGAUAUUUUUUAUCUCCUGGAGUUGGAUUGAAUGGAAAUAUUGUGGCUUCAGGAAAAAGAAUGGCAGGUGAUACAACUCAUCUUCCACCUGUGAAUUGUUCUAUUCAGCAUAAAAAGAAAAUUGCAAAACAUUGCUUCCUAUGUGGAAAGAAAACUGGAUUAGCAACUAGCUAUGAAUAUGUGGAAACAACUUCUGCGCAACUCAUCGCUAUGCAGAGACUCACACCUGUACUUAUGACUACAAGAAUGCAGGAAGGAGAUUCUUGCAGGACUCCAAUCCUGUUGUCAGUGCACCAAAGCUUCCCAAAAUCUAAGCAUAAUUUUAUGGUCCGUGACUGAACUGUUUUUCUUUACUGUAUUUCAAAUCUAAAGAUUGGCAAGUAACAAGAUCAUCCAAAGCUCUAUAAUUCUGAAGAAUGAUGUAACACUCUUGUAAAUGACAUCUUUUAUUCUUUAGUGAAUCAAAAUUUAAACAUUAGUUUUUAAAAAUGUACAUUCUGAUUUAACAAUUAUUAUAUAUCUUGUGUUAAGUAUUUUAUAAUUGAAAAUGUCCUUUCACUAGUCAAGUCUUAAAAGAUGCACUUUAGAAUACAUACAUACAUACAGAUAUAUAUGUAUGGGUGUCUGUGUGUGUGUAUGCACACACACAAAGAGACAUAUUAUAAUGAGACUUGACAGGGUUCUGUAUUGAAAAUGUCUUAUAAUCCCUUGGUUUUCAAAUACGUUCUUUUAGUUUUUUAGUAUGGAGGUUUCAUUGUACUAGGCCAACUUUCUCAUAGUGAAGGGUCUUGUAGUCCAUCAAACCAGCUGAAAACCAUGUUUCUGUUCUGGAAGUAACAUAUCAUGUUAGAUCAUUAUUCUUAUCUGGCAGAUUAAAAAGCAAAAACAAAGGAAGGAUUUUCUUGUUAUUAAAUAGAAGACACUUUAAUUUUUGUGAUUUGUGUUUUUUUAAAGAUCUUACAACACUGUUUCAGAUAUUGUUAUAAAAAAAAGAAAAUGCUUUUUUAUGUAUAAGUAGAGUAAGUGACUUGCUGUUUUACAGCAUGCUGGCAAUUGGACGAAUAUAAAAAAUGCUUAAGGCUUGCUAUCCAAAAGGUGCUUUUUCAAAAGGGAACUGGACUGUUUUUCCUUGAGGAAGAAGAAAAAUAUUUUGCUUCAUAUCCAAGAAGCUUCAUCAGUUCUGAUGGUGGGGUGAUGGAAGAAUAGAUUCUGACAAGAUGGUGGGUGGGGAUGGAAGGAUUGUAUUUCUUUGCAGUCAUCUGGUUGUUAGCAUUCUUUCUGAGAGCCGUUGAGACCACUUGGGGGGUUUAUCUGUUCCCUCGGGGUGACCUGAAUCAGAGUGCAAUUGGUUGUGGAAUCUUCUAGGAACUGCUGAAAGGGCUGCAUUGUAGACUAGAGGUAGGUGAUGUCUUAUUCCUCCCCCUCUGUUGAGGGAGGGUUGUUCGGUUCUAAGAUGGAUGGAUUCUUUUACUCUUCUUUCAAACCAGUGGUCCUCUCUAUCCGAAAUGUGGACUUUGCUGUCUUCAAAAGAGUGACCUUUGUCUUUCAAACGGAGAUGGACAGCUGAAUCUUGUCCUGCCAUGUACUUGUGAAGUAGUUUCGUUUUAUCAAUGUACAGAUCUGCACAUCUCACUGCAUUGUAUUGCAUAUGUCACAUUGCUCAGUUUGUGUUUGGGUGUUUUAUCCUUGGGGUGGAAAGCUUCUGCAUUAGUGUAUUCUUGGGUGUAAGGUGUACAUGUACGAUGUGUUGGUUGAAAAUCCUCCUGAGCUUUUCAGAUAGUCCUGCGAUGUAUGGAAUAUUGCUACGUUUAUUGUUCUUUUCUUUCUUUCUGUCUAUAAUGGAAGAGUUGGAUCUUUUUUUUGGAUUUGAUGAAGGCCCAGUUAGGAUAACCACAAGUUCUGACAUACUUUAGUUCUUUUUCUUUUCCCUGGUAAGCAAAGUUUCAGCUUGGUGGUUUAGGGUUCUGAUCACUCCCAUUUUGUGCUCCAAGGGGUGGUGAGAAUCAAAUAGUAAAUACUGAUCUCGGGGGGGGGGGGACAGGGGGACUCUGUAAACUUCAAUGUUAAGGCUUUUGUCUUCCUUAAUGUGCACUGCACAGUCCUCCUUCAACAGAGAAGAGGAAUCAGACAGCACCUAUCUCCAGUCUACAAGGCAGCCCUUUCAGCAGUUCCAAGAAGAUUCCACAACCAAUUGCACUCUGAUUCAGGUGACCCUGAGGGCACAAAUAAACCCCCAAGUGGCCUCAACGACUCUGAGAGAGAGAGUACUAACAAGCAGAUGACUGCAAAGAAAUACUUCCACCCCCACCCAUCAUCCUAUCAGUAUCUACACAUUUUCUUCGUCAAAGAAAAAUAGUCCAGUUGCCUUUUGAAAAAGCAUUUUUGGGACAACUAUGACCUGGCUGAGAAUCUCCACUCACAUUAAAGUUUGAUAGCAGACCAGUGACCCAGAGCAUAUUAAUGCUGGUGCAGGGUGGAUAGCACUGGACUGGUUCUCCUGAAGUGUUAGAAGUCGGUGAAUAAAUCUAUCAAGACUUGCACCAAUCCAAAAAAGAAUUCUGGCCUUUUCCAAAGCUUCCAAUCAGCAGACAGGGCCAUCUAUUGUUUCUAUAACUGCAUGGAAAGGACAAAGCCAGCCUUAAAAAUGUUUUUGUGCUGCUUAUAAGGAAAGUUCUACCUUGAUUGUCCAUUCUGAUCAGGGACAUAGGGAAUCCUACAUGGUUGAAAGGCAGUGAGUAAUCCCAAUUGUGCUUUCUUCUGCCCAGACUGAGCUAAUUUUAGGGAAAGGGUUAUUUUUUCCUCCUGCUGAGACUUGUAGAAGCAGUUUGUCCCUCUGGUCUGAGGGAAUUCUUUGGGUAUAAAAAUGAGAUGGUGACACUGAUUUUCUCAGUUAGAGCACAAGUUUACCUGGAACAGGGUCAGAGAGUCAAAAGCAAAAAAGCUUCUCAAGAUGAGUGUCCCAAUGGAGCAUACAAUAGAAAAUACACUUGUAGUUCAAAAUUAUAGUGUUGGAUAAUGAAGAUUAAGGGCUGUUUUAGAUGCAUUCAAAAGAAAAGUAACAAAUUAGUUUCUCGCCAAAUGUUAACUAGAGAGAAUGCAAAGAUAGAGCUAUGUUUUGGCUCCGUUUGCGCCCAUAAGUAUGUACUGAUGUGUGUUGAAAAUAGAGGAUAGUGGAUUAAAUUGGACAACUUUCACAAUGCACAUGUCUUUUUUUUCAAAGUUCUCACCUUUUUGUUUUUAGAUCUCAACAACUCUAUUCAGCAUACUCAUUCGUCAUACCUUUUUCUUGAAAUGAUGUUCAAUGUCUCUGUAUGAGCAAACUGUCUUGAAAUACAUAUUUCCUACACUGGC